CGCUAUUACUGAGUCUGAGCAGAGCCAUGCACACUCACAUACACCCACCGGCUCUGAACACAGGAGAUAAAGCCUGAUAAAUACUCUCUCUCAUACAGAAGAACAUCUAACCGAGCACCAUGGAGGCCGUUAAAGCGUUUAAUGGCGAGCUGUACUCUCUGAAUGAAUACAAGCCUCCUAUCUCCAAAGCAAAGAUGACCCAGAUCACCAAGUCAGCAAUUAAAGCCAUAAAGUUUUACAAACAUGUGGUCCAGAGUGUGGAGAAAUUCGUUCAGAAGUGCAAACCUGAGUACAAAGUCCCUGGUCUGUACGUCAUCGAUUCAAUCGUCCGUCAGUCUCGGCACCAGUUUGGCCAGGAAAAGGACGUGUUUGCACCACGCUUUAGCAAGAACAUUAUUGCCACCUUUCUAAAUCUCUACCGAUGCCCCUCUGAUGACAAGAGCAAAAUUGUCCGUGUCCUCAAUCUAUGGCAGAAGAACAAUGUGUUUAAAAGCGAUAUCAUCCAGCCUCUCUUGGAUAUGGCAGCAGGGCUACCACCACCAAGUGUCACGCCAGUUACCGCCUCCACUGCUCUGCCGGUUAACAAUGCCACUCCUGGAACUCCAGCAACGCCUGCCACCCCAGCCAACAUGGUGCCCAGUUUACCAGACUGGGCCUCUCAGAUUUCCAACUCGGACACAGUGGCGGCUGUAGCACAGAUUUUACAAAGCCCUCAAGGGCAGCAGUUGCAGCAGCUGGUUCAGAGUCUGCAGUUACAGCAGCAGAAACCUCAGCCGUCUCUUCUUCAGGCUCUGGAUGCCGGUCUGGUGGUCCAGCUUCAGGCUCUGACCGCUCAGCUCACCGCUGCUGCAGCCAACACACUCAACCCACUUGAGCAAAGGGUUUCUGCCUUUAAUAAGAAACUUUUGGGACAGUUUGAUUUUGGCAGCGAGUCAGAACCCAGUGAAGAUUCUAAAAAGGACACAUCUCAACUGCCCUUGGUUUCUGAGUCCCUUAAUACUUCACUGUUCCACCAGUUGGCUGAGCAGCUACAGCAGCAGAACCUUGAACAAUUUCAGAAACAAAUUCUGGAGCACCAGCAGCAGCAAAAGGCCUUGGAGAGUCAGGAUAAAAUAUUUGGCUCUGAGAACUUGGCUUCUUCAGCACAGAGCAAUGUACAUCCAAAGCUCCCAGAGCAGGAAUGUAAACUGGAUGACUCCAUUGAUAACCAACAAGAGGACAUGGAGCUUGACGAGGGACAAGACACAGUGGACGAGGAGAUCUUUGAGUCUGAGAAGAAGACUAAUGAUGCUCGUUCAAGAACACGCUCAAGAUCUCGCUCCAGGUCCCCCAAGAGAAGACGGUCCAGGUCACGCUCAGGAUCUCGGAAGAGGAAGCACAGAAAGCGUUCUCGCUCACGAUCUAGGGACCGGAAGAGGAAGUCUUCUCGAUCGUACUCUGGUGAACGACGAGCACGGGAGAGGGAAAAGGACAGGCAAAAGAAAGGUCUUCCACCCAUUCGUUCUAGGGUUCUCAGUGUUUGUAGCACUACGUUGUGGGUGGGCCAGGUGGACAAGAAGGCCACCCAGCAAGACCUUACCAACCUUUUUGAAGAGUUUGGCCAGGUUGAAUCAAUCAAUAUGAUUCCUCCAAGAGGCUGUGCCUACAUCUGCAUGAUGCACCGGCAGGAUGCGUAUCGUGCUCGACAGAAAUUAAGCAACGGCUCUUAUAAAAUUGGCUCCAAGGUUAUCAAGAUUGCCUGGGCUUUGAACAAGGGUGUAAAACAAGAGUACAAGCAGUUCUGGGAUGCGGACCUUGGCGUGACCUAUAUCCCCUGGGAGAAAGUCAAACUGGAUGAUCUUGACGGCUUUGCUGAAGGAGGCAUUAUAGACCAGGAAACUGUAGACAGUGAAUGGGAGGCUCAGAAGAACACGGAGGCAGCAAAGGAAACCCCAGUUCAGCCUGCAGCAACCGAGACCACUACAGUCAGCACCUCACAAAGCGAGACCUUCACACAGCCUGUUGCCAUGAUGCCUGUGCAGAUUCCAGUGGCACAGACGGUCUCUGCCAUGGGCUUGGUACCACCCACCUUUCCUGUCACCAUGGCUAUGCCGCCACCAGGCUUUGGUCCUCCACCUCCUUUUCUAAGAGCUGGAUUCAACGCUGCACAGCCUCCACCAGGUUUUAUGACCACUCCUGGGGUCGCUCAGUCAGCCGUUGCAGCGGGCCUCGCCUCUGCACAGACGAAUCUGGUGCAGGCUUCAAUGUCCGGUACUCAAGACACCAACAAGGACUCUACAUUUGGAGGAAUAAUUCCUCAGACCAGUACUAUUUCUGCAGGCUUCAUGUCCUCAGCAAUGCCUGGAGCUGGAGUCUUCAACGCUGUGGCAGGACAACCCCAGCAGGCCAACACAGACAAGACUUCAUCUGCAGAGAGAUUAGAAGCAGCUAAUGAAAUAACACUACAGGGAAUGCAGAAUGCAGUGCGUAGUGGAAUGGGUUUACUGGGCAUGCACCCCUCUGCUUCUUUGACUCACCCUCUCGCUGCCCAGAGGAUGCCCGGUCUGGUACCUCUUGACCUGCGGCCCAACCUGCUUCAGGGAGCCGGAGCACGUUUCCCCAUGUUCAUGCAGCAAGGACUGGCUCAGCAGACCAACAGCCUCCUGGAUGCCUCACUUCAAGCCCAGGCUCGUGUUCGAACACCAUUCUCUCAGAUGGAGCAUUUCAACCGUACUGAAGGAGCCUUUGCAAGAAUUCCCAACCCCUUACCUGCUGGAACAGGAAACCAGGACAAAGCAAACACUGAGACACCAGCCAGUUCCAACGGUGGAGAGCAACAAGAGAAAGAUCAGGACUAUCGCUUCCCACCUCCUGAGAAACCGAGCACAGGGCUGCUGAAGACCCCCCCUCAAGAGAUGCGUAAUGAACAUACACCUGUCAGACCCCCGUUGCUGGAUAGACCCCCCAGAGUAGGCAUGCAGGUGGAUGGAUCUGGGAGAAGGGAUUCUGUGCCUGGUCCUUUUAGAGGGGAGAGUCGGUGGGGUGUAUCACGAGGGGACUUGGACGAGAGAGACACGAGAGGGAUGCCUACAGGAGCCCCAAAGGGCUUUCAGGAUGAUCGGCCAAAUCCUAAUUUCCAGAAUCGCUUUGCUUUGGGUGGAGCUGGGUCUCCCUGGAAUCGAGGAGUAGGGGGAGGAGGUGCCCCAUUCAAUGCUAACAUUCACCAGGACUUUGACGACCGGCGUCGUCCCUGGGAGAGGCAGAAAGACCGAGAUGACCGUGACUUCCAUCGAGAAAUGAACGACAGCCGGCACACCCGUGACAGGGACAGGGAGUGGGAGCGAGAAAGGGAACGAGACCGUGACCGUGCAAGAGAUCGGAAUCGGGAGCGAGAGAGGGACCGCGAUCGAGAUCGAGAUCGGGAUAGCGAGAAAGAUCAGAACAGAGACAGGGAGCGCUCCAGUGGCUGGACACCCCUCAAUUCACAAUCUCAGCCCCUUCUUCCUCUACCCAAGCCAUCAUCACAGCCGCUGCUUCCUCUACCAACCCCCCUGCUGAACCUGCCUCAAGUUAAGCCCGAGUCCCAGCCUAAACCACAUCUAAAGCAGGAACCAGAGCAGGAAUCAAAAAGCCUUGAGCUGCAGCAUCAGCCAAGACGAGUCGAACCACAGCCAGAAGUAAAACCCCUUCUGCAGCCUCAGCCCCCCUCACCCAUGGUCCCAAUGGAGAACGCAGGUAUCCAAGAGCGAACGGAAGCCACUGACUGCAAGCCUGAAAUGAGCCUGAUCCAGCUCAAACCAGACCCUGCAACCGAGCCUCUUCAAAUCCCCUCUUCUGCUCCCACAGCAGCUCCCCCAAAAUCACCAGAAAGGUCCGCUCCCACGACUCCGGCUUCAAGCAGUGGAGAGACUGGGCUGAAGGCAGAAGCAGAGACUGAGCCUGAGCUAGUGAAAACAGACACUGAAGAAUCAUAGUCAUCACUCAGUAGGUAAAAAGAUCAUUUUGUAAAGCUGUCGUCUAUGUACUUAUUUCAAAGGCUUCCACAGGACCUGCCCAGUUCAUUCUGUUGCCUGACACCUACACAAAACUGGUUUUAUCUUUCAUGCUAAUGAUGUAUGUCAUAGAUGGCUCACAAUAGAUGAUUUUAAUGGUAGGUGGUAUUUUAAUGUUUUGUUUUAUUUCAUGUUUUAGUCAUUCGAUGCAACUUCACUGUUCAAAGUCCCAUGGAACUUGCUUGCCAAAUCAAUGUCUAGCCUAAUUGUAAUUUGGGAAUAGCAGGAGCUGUGACCUUCCUGUGGAAGAGUUUAAGGAUCCUGACUUGUCUAAAGGAUUGAAUGCAAUGCUGAAAACUGCGCUCAUGGCCUGUUGUCUUUUUUUUUUCCAAACAGCGGCUGAAAAGUUUAAAAUGAAUGCCUUUGUGGUGUCCUAUGCUUGUUGUCUUUUAAGCAAAAUUUUCAGCCAGUACAAUGAGAACAGUAAUGAGAUUUAGUUGCUUUGAAAAGAAACCAAAACAGAUUAAAUAUGAUGUCAUUUCCCCAUCUUAAAUGUCUGAUUUUUCUUCGUCAUACUGCAGUCAAUACAGUAGUUCACAUCUUAUAUCACACACCAAGCUGGAAGAGCUCACUAAUAGCCAAUGGAAAUUAAGAGCACUGUUUGGUUUAUAAAUAAAAAAUGCUUUCAUUAUUCAAA